CACAGUGUGGAGAGCAGGGGUGUAUAUAAGGGGUGUCUCUCUGAGCGGAGAAGUUCCUUCAUCCUUCUCUCACACACACUCCUCCAACACUCUUUUUCUCUCUCUCCAUCUCUUUACUGAAGAUGACUGCAGGGUUGUGUGUGUUUGUUCUGCUGGUGGUCCUGUGCACUAGCUGUUCGGGACGCCCCCACUUCUCUCCCCCCCUCCAAGAGAGCAGCCCUGCCCUGCCCCCUCCCUCUGAAGCACGUCUCGAAACCAAAGCCCACUUCCUCUCCGAGCCAUGCCUCAGACAUACUCACUCCUCUCCUUUGGUCAAUACCAACCCAUAUAUGGGAGAAGGCAGAGACUCCAGAGCCAAACUCAGUGAACUGUUGGCUAGACUCAUCUCCUCACAGAAAGGUUACAUAAGUGAGAACUCAACAGUGAACAGCAGAGCCAGUGGUCUCAGUGCUAACCACCUGAUAAAAAACCGAGACUACACCGGGUGGAUGGACUUUGGCCGCCGCAGCGCAGAAGAAAACGAGCACUCCUCGUAGAAAAGUAGUCCCUCUCUACAAGAAAAGAACAACAAGUCACUGUCUGCUCAUGAGAGUAUAUUUAUUCUGUAUUUGAUGUACAUUUGUUUGUAAACACUAUAUGAUGCAAUAUACAGUAUCUACAGUGACAAGAAAAAGUAUGUGAACCCCUUGGAAUUACCUGGAUUUCUGCAUAAAUUGGUCAUCAAAUUUGAUCUGACACAGCGUGCUUAAACUAAUAACAUGCAAAUAAUUGUAUUUUUCUUGUCUAUAUUGAAUACAUCAUUUAAACUUUCACAGUGAAGGUUGGAAAAAGUAUGCUAAUGACUUCUCCAAAAGCUUGUUGGAGUCAAGAGUCUGCUAAUCUGGAGUCCAAUCAAUGAGACGAAAUUAGAGAUGUUGGUUAGAGCUGCCCUGCCCAAAAAAAAAAAAAACAUGUUUUGUUUUCUAUUCACAAGGAGCAUUGCCUGAUGUGCCUUGAACAAAAGAGAUCUCAGAAGACAUAAUAUUAAGAAUUGUUUACUUGCAUUAAGCUGGAAAGGGUUAUAAAAGUAUCUCUAAAAGCCAUGAUGUUCAUCAGUCCACGGUAAGACAAAUUGUCUAUAAAUGGAGAAAGUUCAGCACUGUUGCUACUCUCCCUAGGAGUGGCCAUCCUGCAAAGAUGACUGCAAGAGCACAGCUCAGAAUGCUCAAUGAGGUUAAGAAGAAUCCUAGAGUGUCAGCUAAAGACUUACAGACAUCUCUGGAACAUGUUAACAUCUCUGCUGAGAAGUCUAUGAUACGUAAAACACUAAACAAGAAUGGUGUUCAUGGGAGGACACCACGGAAGAAGCCACUGCUGUCCAAAAAAAACAUUGCUGCAGGUCUGAAGUUUACUAAAGAGCACCUGGAUGUUCCACAGCGCUACUGGGAAAAUAUUCUGUGGACAGAUGAAACUACAGUUGAGUAGUUUGGAAGGAACACACUACACUAUGUGCGGAGAAAGAAUAGGCACACAACACCAACAUCAAAACCUCAUCCUCACUGUAAAGUAUGGUGGAGGGAGCAUCAUGGUUUGGGGCUGCUUUGCUGCCUCAGGGCCUGGACAGCUUGCUAUCAUUGACGGGAAAAUGAAUUCCCAAGUUUAUCAACACAUUUUGCAGGAGAAUGUAAGGCUAUCUGUCCGUCAAUCUAAGCUCAACAGAAGUUGGGUGAUGUAACAGGACAACGACCCAAAACACAGAAGUAAAUCA